AUAUAACCUACAAAAACAAUAGAGUAUUUACUCAAGUGCAAGCUAGCUCUGAUAAAAAUCUUCACGAAUUCUAGCCUGUGUUAUAUUGUUGAGAUUGUAUGGCCUGUCAUAAAACAUCCUCUAGGUCUAUUUGCAGAGAUUCACCAGUUAUGGUUUCUAGGUACUUGUGGGGAUUCUUUAGCUAUGCAGCCUUUUUUGGAACCUUCCUCCUCCUGCCCUCUCUCUGUUUCUCCGAGAAAGCUCCAUAUUCGACGUUCACUAGAGAUGCAACCGCGGCUCCCGAAGUCGAAUACUACGACUACAUUGUGAUCGGAGGAGGCACCUCCGGCUGCGCCCUCGCCGCGACACUCUCACAAGGCUCCAAAGUAUUGUUACUCGAAAGAGGAGGCUUGCCUUACGGAAACCCUACGAUCACCAACAUAGGCGGCUUCGCCCUAACUCUAGCAGACGUAUCCCCCUCCUCCCCAUCCCAGCUCUUCAUCUCCACGGACGGCGUCAUCAACCACCGCGCCCGUGUCCUCGGCGGCGGCUCCGCCCUAAACGCCGGCUUCUUCACCCGCGCAAGCACCCAGUUCGUGCAAACCGCAGGCUGGGACCCGAACCUCGUCGAAUCAUCAUACGAAUGGGUCGAGAAAAAAGUUGCAUUCGAGCCGGAGAUAAAGCAGUGGCAAACCGCUGUGAGGGACGGGUUGCUUAAGGCCGGAGUGUUGCCGGACAAUGGGUUCACGUACGAUCAUCUGAUCGGAACGAAAGUUGGGGGCUCGAUAUUCGAUAAAAAUGGGCACAGGCACACUGCGGCGGAUCUGUUGGAGUACGCUGAUCCGUCGAAUAUUCAUCUGCAUCUUCAUGCAACCGUGCAGCGUAUUCUGUUCAAUCCAGGAGAAAAACCGAAAUCUUACGGAGUUGUAUUCGAGGAUUCAAAAGGCGGUAAUCACUGGGCAUACUUAAACGAGGGUUCCAAUAACGAGAUUUUAGUGACCGCGGGCGCACUGGGGAGCCCACAACUUCUAAUGUUAAGUGGUAUUGGGCCGGCUGAUCAUCUCAGGGCCAAUGGGAUUGAAGUGAUUCUGGAUCAGCCCAUGGUGGGCCAAGGAAUGGCUGACAACCCAAUGAAUGCUCUUCUCAUUCCCUCUACUGAGCCUCUUGAAACCUCACUCAUUCAAACCGUGGGUAUUACUCCUUUUGGUAGUUUUAUUGAGGCAGCAAGUGGGACCAUUGAGUUGAGUUGGGCCAGAAAUUUGCCUCAGGAACUACUACUAAAUCAGACACAACAAGUCUAUGGAGUGAGUCGAGAGCAACAGAGUGAAGAGGUGAAAGCAGCGGUUGAUUCGUACUUAGCCUCAACUGUUCAAGCAGGAAUCAUCCUCGAGAAGGUCAUGGGUCCGGCUUCUUCGGGCCAUCUGGAGCUGAAAACAUUAGAUGCAAAAGACAAUCCCGAAGUCACUUUCAACUACUUCAGUGAUCCCCAAGACUUGCAGAGGUGUGUACAGGGCAUGGAAAAAGUGAUAGAGGUCGUAGAAACUUCAGCUGUUUCUAAGUUUCGGUACCUUACCGGAACCAUACAGGUUUAUCUGGACACGAUCCUGGCCUUGCCACUCAACUUGAGGCCUAGACAUUUAUCCGCAGCUUUUUCACUGGAACAAUUUUGCAAGGACACGGUUAUGACAAUUUGGCAUUAUCACGGCGGAUGCCAUGUUAAUAAGGUUGUUGAUCACAAUUAUAAAGUUAUCGGUAUCGAGUCGUUACGUGUUAUCGAUGGAUCAACAUUUUACUUUGAUUCCCCCGGGACGAACCCUCAAGCUACUGUCAUGAUGCUUGGAAGGUACAUGGGACAGAAAAUCCUCAAAGAGCGAUCCACUUAUGGGAAAAAAUAGAAGAUUAUUUGUUAAACAGACGCCUAUUCUCUAGAAAGAGCGUCCGCCAUUUAAAUAACCAAAGCCAACCGUCAAUUGUACUUAAAUUUUGACACGCGCCUUUUGUGGUGUAUGUUCUCUCAUAGAUUAGCCCGAUCAAUAUAUACUUUACUUAUGCUAUAU